ACAGAUAUGCACUGCCUGUGUUAUGCAGGCUAGCCAUCAAGUCAAGAAACACUUAACCCUGAAAAGGACUGCAGCAGUAUAGUCAACAGUGUACCUGCAUUGGGGAGCCAUGGCGGCUGCUUCUUCCUUGUCAGUGCUGGUGCUCUUGUGCCUAGCAGCGGUGGCCUCGGCGCAACUGUCGGCGACAUUCUACUCCAGGUCGUGUCCCAGAGCUCUGGCUACCAUCAAGUCCGCCGUGACGGCCGCGGUUGCACAGGAGCCUCGCAUGGGGGCCUCCCUGCUCAGGCUCCACUUCCAUGACUGCUUUGUCCAAGGCUGCGAUGCGUCGGUGCUGCUGAACGACACGGCCACCUUCACCGGCGAGCAGACCGCUAACCCGAACGUCGGGUCCAUCAGAGGCUUCGGCGUCGUCGACAACAUCAAGGCGCAGGUGGAGGCCGUGUGCCCGGGGGUCGUCUCCUGCGCCGACAUCCUUGCCGUCGCCGCCCGAGACUCCGUCGUCGCGCUGGGAGGGCCUUCGUGGAGGGUACUUCUGGGGCGGAGGGACUCGACGACGGCGAGCUUAGCUCUGGCCAACAGCGACCUGCCAGCGCCGUCCCUGGACCUCGCCAACCUCACCGCCGCGUUCGCCAAGAAGCGGCUCAGCAGGACGGACCUGGUUGCUCUCUCAGGGGCGCACACGAUCGGGCUGUCGCAGUGCAAGAACUUCCGGGCGCACAUAUACAACGACACCAACGUGAACGUGGCGUUCGCGACGCUGCGCAAGGUCAGCUGCCCCGCGGCGGCCGGCGACGGCGACGGCAACCUGACGCCGCUGGACACCGCAACGUCCACCGCGUUCGACAACGCCUACUACACCAACCUGCUGUCCCGGAGCGGGUUGCUGCACUCCGACCAGCAGCUGUUCAACGGCGGCGGCGCCACGGACGGACUGGUCCGCACGUACGCGUCCACGCCGACGAGGUUCAACAGGGACUUCACGGCGGCCAUGAUCAGGAUGGGCAACAUCAGCCCGCUCACUGGGAGGCAGGGCCAGAUCAGGCGCGCCUGCUCCAGGGUCAACUAGCUAGCCGCUACUCGGCUAGCAGCUGUACGUACGCCGGCCCAAGUGAUCCGACGAUCCAACAGUACGUGGUAGUGAUCUGCAGUGAUCACUAUAAUAAGGCUGGUUUGCGCCAUUUUUCAGCUGCGUGUUUAAUAAUGUGCUUGUAACGAUCGAUCAUCGUUCAAGAACUGCCCCCUUUCUCGAGUCAGCAAGGGUGUGUGAUAUGACUCGGAAAGUGGCGUCUAGCCUACCCAUCACCACUACAUAUUUAAUAAUAAUCUUCUCUCUGAGUGUCUUUUUGUAAGAAAAAUUGACACGUGGUUUUUUGUUA